CUCUUUUUUUACUCACUCAGUCAGUUACACGGACACACGCACACACCCUCGAGCAGAAGCAGCAGAACAGUGUGGUUGUGAGGCAGCAUGAGAAGUGAUAUCUGUACUUCUACACGUACAACAGCUGGCUGAUGGACUAACUUAAUUACAACACACACACACACACACACACGCACACACACACACACACACACACACACACACACAGCUACUGUACGCACACUCACUAGCACACCUUGAGUAUAGGCGGGCAGACACACACAAGCUAGCACACACAACCUGUUUGCUGCCAGAAGUCAACAUGGGUGUCGUGAUGGGAACCUUUACCAUGCAAUCCAAGCAGGUGAACUACCUCAAAGACAAAACUGAUGAUGACUUGGAGAUAACCAUGGUGUGCCAUCGACCCGAGGGCCUCGACCAGCUAGAAGCUAUAACCAACUUCAGCAAAAGAGAGCUCCAAGUGCUCUACCGGGGCUUUAAAAAUGAAUGUCCAAGUGGCGUUGUGAAUGAGGAUACUUUCAAGCAAAUAUACUCCCAGUUCUUCCCACAGGGAGAUGCCAGCACCUAUGCACACUACCUGUUCAACGCAUUUGACACAGCACAAAGCGGCUCCAUAAAGUUUGAGGACUUUGUAGCAGCUCUGUCCAUCCUGCUGAGGGGCUCCAUCACUGAGAAGCUACAGUGGACCUUCAACCUUUACGAUGUCAACAGAGAUGGAUACAUUAACAAAGAGGAGAUGACAGGCAUCGUCAGAGCGAUAUACGACAUGAUGGGGAAGUACACUUACCCUGCCUUGAAAAAUGAUGCACCCAAACAGCAUGUGGAGGCCUUCUUUCAGAAAAUGGACAAAAACAGAGAUGGUGUGGUCACUCUGGAUGAAUUCAUCCUCUCUUGUCAAGAGGAUGAAAACAUCAUGAGGUCUCUACAGCUCUUUGAAAAUGUCAUCUAGACAACAAAAAAGAGGGGACGGUGCAACAGACGAAAGCGCCAAGCGAGAGAAGAGAAUGGAACAAAGAAGAAAAAGAAGCAGGAGAGAUGAACAUGCAAGAGAAAAGGAACAGCAUAGCUUGAGACAAAACAUGGAUCUUGUAACUUUGUCUGUGACGGUUUCCACAAAUCUUCAUGGAAGGCAUCUUGCUGUAACAAAUCCUAAGGGACAAACGUUUUGAAAAACGUCCUUUGGACUUAAACCCUUCAUUUGACCUUUCUGUAACAAUUUACCUCAUCUCCAUCUCCCUCGUUUGUUGCUGUCGUUACGGUUACAGUCGCCUCAGACUGUAUGUAUUUCAUGGCAUCGUGUAAAUACCGAUUCUCACACAUUUGGUCGAAUACUUCUUUGUAUAUUGAACCACAUUAUCAAGCAGGACUGGAAUUCCUAAAAGCAGCUAAGCAGUGAGAUCAACCCAAUGCAUACUUUGUGCAUUAGAGGCAUAAUUAAUAGCUGUUUUCAUCAUGAAUUUCUGUGUCAAUACAACAAAUGUGAGCAAUAUUGUGAAGCAUGCAAGACAGAGUCCUACUACAUAUUUAACAUAUAUGUGCCAUGAAAAACUUGGUGGCAAUAUAUUCAGCUUAAGUAGAUACAUUUGAAAAGCCAAGGUCUGGGUGUAGCAUCUCACAGAGCCACCUCAUCCAUUUCUGAAUUCAGACACAGGCCUGGAAAGGUUUGCGGAGCUGAAUUUAAGCUUGCAGUCUUAAGUCUCGUGACAGCUUGCAGCAGUCUUCUCUACACCUACUGUGGGUGUUCCAGUGGUGUCAGUCAGUGUUUCAAUGUUGUAACGACUGAACUGUAGAUAUUUAACUGUUGUAUUGUAUUGUGGCCGUGUGGAACAGUCUUGUCUGCGUGUUUCUGAUUCUGACUAUCUGUCUGUCUAUCUGUCAAAUUGGAUAUAACUGUAAUUAUUCUACCUGACACUCUUUAUUAAAUAAAAAGUCAAUUUAGAGGUUUACUGGCGUACAGAUGCAAAGUGAUGUGUGUGUGUGUGUGUGUGUGUGUGUGUGUGUGUGUGUGUCUGUGUCUGUGUGUUUGUGGUGUCCUGAUGUAAAGUUUCUGUUUGCCUGAAUAUUAACAUUUUUUUCCGAGCAAUUGGCUUCAUCUUGUGGACACCACAAUCCGUCCAGAGAGGAGAGUUUUGUCGUCUGUUUUGUCCAUUAAAAAUGUCGACUCAGAGCGACCAACCUUUCACUGUGAGGGAGAGACAGGAGAGGGGAGCUAGAUGGAGGGAUUGUGGAGAAAGAAUAGAGGAAGAUGAAAGAGUAAGACAGGAGAUGAGAGAGACCUUGUCACUGAUUCUGAAGGAAUGGAAGCCAUGUUUCGAACAAGAGCCAUAGUUUGGAAGAUUGAGCAGGACAAAAAUACAGAUUUAUAAAUGAUUUACUGUCAUGCCCACUCACUGUGCUACCAAUGAUAACCCUUACUGAGAUGUGUUACGGCUCAUCUCAAAUGUACCCAGAUAGACUAACAGACAAGAAGACAAACAGAUAGACAUCUUAAAACUGUCAGAAUGAAAUAAUGUGCGUAAUAAAAUAUUGUAUAGAAUCAUUAUAUUUAUCAAUAAACUUUUCAA